AUGAGCUCGGUCGGGACGUCGAGGCCUCCGCCAUUUCUCAGGAAGGCAGUGAGAGCCACGCUGAUCUUGGCCCCGUUGUUCGGCAUGAACUUCCUGACGACUUUAUAUCGACCUCCCGAGGUUUGCGACGACUGGUCCAGGGCUUAUGACAUUCUCAAGAACGUUGUCGACGGCACGCAAGGAUUCUUCGUCGCCCUGCUUUUUUGCUACCUCAACGGAGAAAAUGAAGUUGUCGACUUCUGCUGGAAUUUAUGCAUGGAAAAUCUCGCUCUGGAAAAGGAAGGCGUAAACCCGAGCCGGGUGACACAUUGCGUCGCUACCCACGGACAUUACGACCACGUCGGGAACAUGAACCUGUUCCAGGAUGCAAAGUGGCACAUCGUGGGAUUCACAGUGUUCCAGCCCAGAGAUAAGUGUUACUUGCAUCCUUUCGAAUGCAACGAACCCUUCAUCGUUGACGACUGGGUACGAAUCCUCCCGACACCCGGCCACACCUUGUCCGACGUCACUGUCAUCGUGGACGCUGUGGAAGGGAUGGGAACCGUUGCUGUCGCAGGAGACCUAUUUGAGAAAGAAGAAGAUGUAGAGGACCCAAGCUUAUGGAUUGGGGCUGGAAGCGAAAAUCCUGCCAAACAAAAGGAAAAUCGAUGGAAAAUUGCCAGCAUGGCAGAUUGGAUAAUCCCUGGUCACGGACCUAUUUUCAAGGUUACUGAAAAACAUAGGGACAAUUUGAAAUCCCAGCUGCCUUAAUUUUUUUGCGGCGGAACGAUUACCUGCAUUGAACCCUGAAGAUAUAAAGAAAAUCUUGCACCACAAUAUUUUGAUCUGAGAUUCUUUUGCGUGACCUAUGUUUUGAUAAUAUUUUCGGGGUCAGGUAAAAAUUCGAAAUCCGCUUCUUGUUGCUAGGAUUCUUUGCCGAGAGAAUUAUUUUCCUUUAUUGUAUGCCGU